GCUGUCUGCUGACACGCAAACUGAAACACGUUUUGCGCAUGCUCAGUCGGAUCAGCUGUUGGUCCGUUGCUCUGUGAGAACCUGAGAAACUGAGCCACUUUUGUUUAUUUGUUUGUUUGUUAUUUUCUCCGGUAAACACGAUGGCUGGCACAGCGCUCAAGAGACUUAUGGCCGAGUACAAACAGCUGACCUUGAACCCACCUGAGGGCAUCGUGGCAGGUCCAGUGAACGAGGAGAACUUCUUCGAGUGGGAGGCUCUCAUCAU